CGUCGUCUCUUUCACUUUGAAGAUGUCUGCAGGUGAAGGAGAUAUGUUGUGCUUUUUUAUCAACGGAAAAAAGGUAACAGAGAAGCAUGCCGACCCUGAGACCAUGCUGCUGUCCUUCCUCAGGGAGAAGUUGAGGUUAACGGGAACAAAGUCUGGCUGCGGGGGUGGUGGCUGCGGGGCGUGCACUGUCAUGGUGUCCCGCUACCAACCCGCCACCAAAACCAUCAUGCAUUUCUCAGCGAACGCCUGCCUGCUGCCGCUCUGCACGCUGCAGGGGGCUGCCGUCACCACGGUGGAGGGAAUCGGCAGCACCAAGAGCCGCAUCCACCCAGUGCAGGAGCGCAUAGCGAAGGCUCACGGCUCUCAGUGCGGUUUCUGCACUCCGGGGAUGGUGAUGUCGAUGUACACGCUGCUGAGGAACAAACCUCAGCCCAGCAUGGAGGACAUCACACAGCACCUUGCCGGAAAUCUGUGUCGCUGUACUGGAUACCGGCCCAUUAUCGACGGCUGCAGGACUUUCUGCCCGGAAGCAAACUGCUGUCAAGCUAAUGGAGCCGGAGACUGUUGCCUCAAUGGAGAGGAAAACACUGAGGAUGCAGAACGUGAAAAGCCACAGUUGUUUAACAAGGACGAGUUUCUUCCUCUGGACCCGACGCAGGAGCUCAUCUUUCCUCCUGAACUGAUCCUGAUGUCAGAGACGGCGAGCCCUCAGAGCCUCACCUUCCAGGGGGAGAGGAUGCGCUGGGUGUCCCCCUCCUCCCUGCAGGAGCUGCUGCAGCUGAAGACCAGGAACCCUGCAGCUCCUCUGGUGAUGGGGAACACAAACAUAGGUCCGGAUAUAAAGUUUAAAGGCGUCGUGCACCCGCUGAUCAUCUCUCCAACCAGAGUGAAGGAGCUGUUUGAGGUCACUCAGACUCCACUCGGUGUUUGGGUGGGGGCGGGAUGCAGCCUCUCUGAGCUUCAGUCUCUCCUGGAGAAGCUGCUUCUUCAGAGUCCGCAGGAGAAAACUGAGCUGUUCAGAGCUCUGAUCCGACAGCUGGGGAACCUGGGGAGCCAGCAGAUCCGUAACGUUGCUUCUCUUGGAGGCAACAUCAUGAGCGCGUAUCCAAACUCAGACCUGAACCCUGUCUUAGCUGCUGGGAACUGCAGAGUGAGCGUCAUUUCUAACGGAGGAAGACGAGAGGUUCCUCUGGAUCAAAACUUCUUUGUGAGCUUCGGUAAAACCAUCCUGAAGCCAGAGGAGAUUCUUCUUUCUGUCUUUAUUCCCUUCUCCAGGAAGGGGGAGUUUGUCCGAGCUUUCCGGCAGGCUCCCAGGAAGGAGAGCAGCUUCUCCACGCUGACCACCGGGAUGAGGGUGUUCUUCUCCGAGGGGUCACAGGUGGUGCAGGACAUUAGUAUUUACUACGGAGGGAUGGGACCCACCACUGUUAGCGCCUCCAAAACCUGCCAGGCUAUCAUCUCGAGGCGUUGGGACGACGAGACACUGAGCCGGGCUUAUGACAUCCUGCUGGAGGAGUUGGUGCUCCCUUCUUCGGCUCCUGGAGGAAAGGUGGAGUUUCGUCGCUCUUUGACUCUCAGCUUCCUCUUCAAGUUCAACCUGGAGGUCCUGCAGAAUCUCAGAGACAUGAAUGUGAUUACAGAUAAGGUUCCUGAGAAAAUGCAGCCUCUCCCUAAAGAGAUCAAACCCAGCCUGCAGGAGUUCCAGCAUGUGUCAAAGAGCCAGAGCGAGCAGGACCCUGUGGGGCGUCCCAUAAUGCAUCGCUCCGCCCUCAGCCAUGCCACAGGAGAGGCGGUUUACUGCGAUGACAUCCCAACAACAGACGGGGAGCUGUUCCUCGCUCUGGUCACCAGCUCUCGAGCCAAGGCUAAAAUCACAGGGCUGGAUGUGAGCGAGGCGCUACUGCUUCCCGGUGUUGUGGAUGUCAUCACAGUCAAAGACAUUCCUGGAAAGAAAGUCAAGGAAAUGUUCGGGUAUGAAGAGGAGCUGCUUGCUGAGAGCGAGGUGUCCUGCGUGGGGCAGAUGGUGUGUGCGGUGCUCGCUGAUACGAGGGCUCACGCCAGAAGAGGAGCAGCGGCGGUGAAGGUCGGGUACGAAGACCUGCCGGAUCCCAUCUUCACCGCAGAGGAAGCCAUUGAGAAGUCGUCUUUCUACAAGCCUCUGAGGAUCAUCGAGAGAGGAAAUGUGACCGAAGCGUUUAAGACUGUGGAUCAGAUUCAUGAAGGAGAGUUUAGGAUGGGAGGUCAAGAGCAUUUCUACAUGGAGACGCAAAGCAUGCUCGUAGUUCCCGUUGGAGAGGAGACUGAGUUCAACGUUUACGUCUCCACUCAGGCUCUGACAAUGAUUCAGCACGCUAUAGCGGAGACGUUGGGUAUCCCAUCCAACAGAGUCACCUGUCGCGUCAAACGGAUCGGUGGAGCUUUCGGAGGGAAGGUCACAAAAACAGAGAUACUGGCUUGUAUUACGUCUGUGGCUGCGUGGAAGACUAAUCGUGCAGUGCGCUGUGUUUUGGAGCGAGGAGAGGACAUGUUGAUCACAGGAGGCCGCCAUCCUGUCAUCGCCAAAUACAAGGUGGGUUUCAUGCAUGAUGGGAGGAUCGUGGCGGCAGAUAUCCAGUACUACAUCAACGCUGGAAACACUGUGGAUGAAUCUGUUCUGGUAGUCGAGAAGAUUCUGCUCCACUUUGACAACGCCUACAACAUCCCCAACCUGCGGGGCCGCGGUGCCGCCUGCAGGACCAACCUGCCCUCCAACACCGCCUUCAGGGGCUUCGGCGUACCGCAAGGCCUCAUGGUCCUGGAGAACAUGAUCAAUGACGUGGCCGUGGUGCUGGGACGCUCUGCAGACCAGGUCAUAAUCCUUUCAAUAUGCUUAGUAUUAAUCAUCAGUGGUUCAAUCCCUAAUUCCUGUUUUCAAAUUGUGCAUCAGAUCCGGGAGAUUAACAUGUACGAGGGUCCGUCGAUGACUCACUACAAGUUUACGUUCAGCCCGGAGAACCUGCGCCGCUGCUGGCAGGAGUGUAAGGAGAAGUGUGAGUACAGCGCCCGCCGCGGCGCCGUGCAGCAGUUCAACCUGCAGCACCGCUGGAGGAAGAGAGGCAUGGCCAUCGUCCCUGUCAAAUUUGGGAUUGCAUUUUCGGAAGGCUUCUUAAACCAGGCUGCAGCUUUGGUGCACAUCUAUAAAGACGGCUCUGUUCUGGUCUCUCACGGUGGGACGGAGAUGGGUCAGGGGCUGCACACUAAGAUGCAACAGGUUGCGAGUCGGGAGCUCCACAUCCCGACCUCUAAGAUCUACAUCAGUGAGACCAGCACCAACACCGUGCCCAACACCUGCCCGUCCGCUGCGUCCUACGGCACGGACGCCAACGGCAUGGCAGUGAAGGAUGCCUGCCAGAUUCUGUACCAGCGACUGGAGCCAAUCAGGAAGAAGGACUCCAAUGGAUCAUGGGAGAGCUGGAUCAUGGCCGCAUUUUUGGAGAAAAUCAGUUUAUCAGCAACUGGAUUCUACAGAGGUCCGGACCAGUACAUGGACUGGGAGAAGAUGGAGGGGCAGCCGUACACUUACUUCACCUUCGGAGUGUGUUGCUGUGAGGUGGAGCUGGACUGCCUCACAGGCGACUACAGGACGGUGAGGACAGACAUUGUGGCGGACAUCGGGAAAAGUGUGAACCCGUCAAUGGACAUCGGCCAGAUUGAAGGAGCCUUCAUGCAGGGUCUGGGUCUGUACACUCUGGAGGAGUUGAAAUUUUCCCCCGCCGGGCUCCUGUACACUCGCGGUCCGUCUCAGUAUAAGAUCCCGGCAGUGUGCGACGUGCCGCUUCACUUCAACGUCUACUUGCUGUCCGACUCUGACAACUCCCACGCCAUCUAUUCCUCGAAGGGUAUUGGAGAACCCAUCCUCUUCCUGGGCAGUACUGCGUUCUUCGCCAUCAAAGACGCUGUGUCUGCAGCUCGCUCUGACUCCGGGUUAUAUGGCCCGUUUUCUCUAAACAGCCCUGCAACUCCGGAGAGGAUCUGCCUCGCCUGCGCCUCCCCGUUCACUCAGAAGAUUCCAGCCAGUAAACCAGGAUCUUUCACACCGUGGGCCUUAAACAUCUGAAAAUCAACCUGCUUGUUUAUUUGUACUCUAAAUGCUAAAGCAGUGCAAUGAAUGCAGCAGACAAUAAUGUAGUUAUUCAGUUAUGCUUUUAAUACCGUCUCUGUUCAUUUAAAAAAAGUAGUUGUAUUGGUACAGUGUUAUUGCAAUACAUUUCAUUAUUUGCACUGGCUCAGCCUACAGUAUCACUAUUUCAAUAGAAUAAUAAAUAAUGAAACACAACAACAAA